AUGCUCGAAGAAAAUAUAAGUGAAACUCCUAAGGAGAAUUCGGAAGAGGUAGAAACUGUGGAUGAAGAAGUUAUUGAGGAUCUAUAUGGAAAAGAGCAUAUCAACUUAGUAUUUAUUGGACAUGUAGAUGCUGGUAAAUCCACUAUGGGUGGUAAUAUCUUGUUUUUGACGGGAAUGGUUGAUCAGAGAACUAUGGAUAAAUACGAAAAGGAAGCUAAAGAACAAAGUCGAGAGACAUGGUAUUUAUCAUGGGCGCUUGAUACAAAUAAGGAAGAACGUGCAAAGGGAAAAACAGUAGAAUGUGGGCGUGCUUAUUUUGAAACAGAUAAGCGUCGAUACACUAUUUUAGAUGCACCAGGUCAUAAAAAUUAUGUCCCUAGUAUGAUCGGCGGCGCCUCUCAAGCAGAUGUCGGAAUAUUGGUUAUAUCCGCUAGGAAAGGUGAAUUUGAAACGGGAUUUGAAAGAGGCGGUCAAACACGUGAACAUGCUGUUUUAGCCAAAACUUCUGGAGUCAACAAACUGGUGGUUGCAAUCAAUAAAAUGGAUGAUGCAACGGUGCAUUGGUCAAAGGAAAGGUAUGAUGAGUGUGUUAAUAAAUUAACACCAUUUUUGAAGGGAACCGGUUAUAAUCCUAAUUCAGAUAUUCAAUUUAUACCAGUCUCCGGAUUUACGGGUUACAACUUGAAAGAUCGUAUUCCAAAGGAUAAAUGUGAUUGGUACGAUGGUCCAUCGUUAUUGGAAUAUUUAGAUGAAAUGCAAACAUUAGAUAGAAAAAUUAACGCUCCAUUGAUGAUGCCAAUCAUAGAAAAGUAUAAAGAUAUGGGUACUAUUGUGGUUGGAAAAAUAGAAUCUGGUAGAGUUAAGAAAGGUCAAAAUGUGAUGAUUAUGCCAAACAAGCAUAUUGUUGAAGUAUCUGCAAUUUACAAUGAGCUUGAAGAUGAAGUAUCAUCUGGCAGUUGCGGAGAUAACGUUCGAUUACGUAUCAAGGGCAUCGAAGAAGAGGAAUGUUCGACUGGUUUCGUUGUAUGUGACACUCAAAAUCCAGUCAAAACGUCGACAACUUUUGAGGCACAAUUAGCUAUUUUAGAGCAUAAAAAUAUCAUUUGUGCAGGAUACAGUGGUGUUUUACACAUACAUGCUUGUGUUGAAGAAGUAUCAAUUUCCGCUCUAUUACAUGUACUUGAGAAAAAGACAGGAAAGAGAUCAAAACGAGCACCACAGUUUGUUAAAAAAGGACAAAAGGUGAUCGCUCAACUCGAAACUCAAGGACCAAUUUGUGUGGAAACAUUUGAGGAUUACCCACAACUAGGGAGAUUUACUCUCCGAGACGAAGGCAAGACAAUUGCGAUCGGGAAAAUUACUAAGGUUAUUGGAAAUGGAACUCAAUAA